UCUCAUUUUCAAUUUGUCAAUCCCAAUCUUUCCUCUCAUUGCAUUGAGAGAGAAAGAGGGGGAAAUUAAAGAGAAAAAGAGAGAGGAGAGAGAGAUUAUAUCAAGAGAUGGGAGCCUGUGCCAGCGUUCCUAAGUCUAUGAAAGGUGAGGUUGGUGAAGCACCACCACUAGAGCCACCAAAGGAGGAGACCACUGCUGUCGUGGCGGAAGCAAAUGCUGCCAACAAGGUGGUGACUGUUGAAGGAGAAGAAAACAAAGGAGAAGGACAAUCUCUUGGAUUUUUGCUCAAUGAGAGCGAAGAAGUGAAGGAGUCACCAAAAACGGAGAAGAUCUCGAAAACAAAAAUUGCCCCACCAAAGAUAGUAAGGACAGAAGAAGAAGAAUCUGAGGCACUUCCCAUAUCAGAUGUGGUUGCCAAAGUACCAGUUGAAAAUGCAUAUGCCACACCCGUUGCACAUGCCACCAGGGAUGAUAACGAUACAAAAGCGAAAAACUAAAGGAGUGAGUGAGUUUUUGGGAAUGGUGUUUGAGGUGCAAUGAGGGAGCUCAAACAAGGGAUGAGACUUCUUGGUUAUGGGUUCUUUCUAAAUCAAAAUUUAGUGUCGAGGUGUGAUAUGGGAAAAAAAUGGAGUUUGUAUGGAGAUCUUUGAUCAGUUUUUGGUAGUUGAUAUGUUUGGGGGGUUGUAUCUACCUUUCUUUCUUUCUUUUUUUUAUCAUCCAAUAAAUCUCUCUUCCUCUCUC